GUUCUUCUUUUUGUGUUCUCUGUCGCAUUUCUAGAAUUUCUACUUUCUCUAGUGUGAGAGCAUCAGCUACUCUCUCAAUCUCUCUUUGCCCAGAGAGACCCAAAAAAAACUCAUAAAUUUUCUUCAUUUUCCCGUUGAUUUUUUUUUUUUAAUUUCUGGGAAAGAAAAAAAAAAUUAAUUUUGUCGUUUUGUUUAUUUUCCGUGUUUCAGACCAAACCAGUUUCUACAAACUCGGUUUUUCACAAAUUUGGAUUUCUUGUUUCCGCUGUGAAUGAAAGGAAACCAAAAAGACUCAUCGGAGAAACCCAUAUGGGAUCGGAGCUCUUCGGGUCUAUCCAUGACCCGACCCGGUCGAUUAAUGAUCUGGCUCAUGCUCUUCAUCUCCGUCACUUACAUCAUCUACACUCUAAAGAUCGUCUCCACUUCACACCCUUGCGAAGAUCUAACCUCCGAGUCAAUUCUCCAACAAAGACCGGAGAAAAAAGCGGUUGCGGUUGCGGUUAAGGCGGUUCCGGCUGAGCAAGAAGCAACCGAUCUAAACCAUGUCGUUUUCGGGAUUGCAGCGUCGUCAAAGCUAUGGAAACAGAGGAAAGAGUAUAUCAAGAUUUGGUAUAAGCCAAAGAAGAUGAGAGGCUACGUGUGGUUAGAUAAAGAGGUAAAGAUAAAAUCCGAAACCGGAGAUCAAGAAAACCUCCCGUCGGUAAGAAUCUCCGGUGAUACGUCGUCGUUUCCUUAUACUAACAAGCAAGGACACCGAUCAGCGAUACGGAUCUCAAGGAUUGUUUCGGAAACGUUGAUGAGUCUUGAUUCUGAGUCGAAGAAGAACGUGAGGUGGUUCGUGAUGGGUGAUGAUGAUACGGUUUUUGUUACGGAUAAUCUAAUUAGGGUUUUGAGGAAGUACGAUCAUGAACAGAUGUAUUAUAUAGGAAGCUUGUCGGAAUCUCAUUUACAAAACAUUUUUUUCUCUUAUGGAAUGGCUUAUGGUGGAGGAGGUUUUGCUAUUAGUUAUCCUUUGGCAGUGGCUUUGAGUAAGAUGCAAGAUCGGUGUAUUAAGAGGUAUCCGGCUUUGUAUGGUUCUGAUGAUCGGAUGCAAGCUUGUAUGGCUGAGCUUGGUGUUCCAUUGACUAAGGAGAUCGGUUUUCAUCAAUACGACGUUCAUGGGAACCUAUUCGGCCUCCUAGCUGCUCAUCCGGUAACACCGUUUGUAUCAAUGCACCAUCUUGAUGUGGUGGAACCAAUUUUUCCAAACAUGACCCGUGUUCGCGCCAUCAAGAAACUAACUACACCGAUGAAGAUUGAUUCGGCUGGGCUUCUCCAACAAUCAAUAUGCUAUGACAAGCAUAAAAGCUGGACGAUUUCAGUCUCGUGGGGAUUUGCGGUUCAAGUGUUCCGUGGAUCCUUCUCUCCACGGGAAAUGGAAAUGCCAUCUAGAACUUUCUUGAAUUGGUACAAAAGAGCGGAUUACACCGCCUACGCAUUCAAUACUAGGCCCGUGAGUCGCAAUCAUUGCCAAAAACCAUUUGUUUUUCACAUGUCGAACGCGAAAUUCGACCCGCAGUUGAACACCACGGUUAGCGAAUACACGAGGCAUCGGGUUCCGCAUCCGGCUUGUCGGUGGGAUAUGGUUAACCCGGAGGAGAUCAACACUAUAGUUGUGUACAAAAAACCGGAUCCUCAUCUAUGGACCAGGUCACCGAGAAGAAAUUGUUGCAGAGUAUUACAAACAAAGAGGAAUAAUACAUUAUGGAUUAAUGUUGGUGUAUGUAGAGCAGGUGAAGUGACUGAAGUUAAGUGAUUUCCACCUUUGUAAUAAAAAAAGUUUGAAAGAGAAAAAAUUAGCGGUUCAUUUGUUAGGCUUUUUAAGUUUUAACCCUAUAGUUUUCUCUGCUGAUUAUUUUAUUUUUUAUCUACUAUAUAGGAAAUUACGUUUACUACGUACUGUAGAACUUAUCAUUAGAGGUUCAUCUUUAUGAGAAACUUUUACCAUUUAAUCCAAUUCGAUUUCGGUUAA